GUGCAAUUGCAGAGCACAGAGGAAGGUUUCGGCCCCUUACAGGGCCCAGCGACGGCUCUCGUCGUCUUUCUGCAUGGGCGAGGCGACACCGGUCACAACUUGUUGCCAGUGGUCUCCGCCCUGGCCUCGGCGAUUCCAUCCGCCCGCUUUUGGCUCCCGACUGCACCCCGAAACGAGCAGGGGCGCACUUCUUGGUACGAGACGGACAGCGCAGGACAGUUUGACGAGCGCAUCUACGAAUUGCGCCGUCAGCUCAUGACGCGAGUUCAGAUGGACUGCCAGAAGCUUGGACUGCAACUGUCGCAG